GCACCGCCCCGCCGGGCGCAUGCGCGUCGCGCAUGGCAUGCCGGGAUUUGUAGUUUCGGUGCGGCGGCCCCGGCGAGUCCAGUGGCCGCGCUCAGGUGCUGAGGCGACCGAAGGCCAAGGCGGAAGUGGGGCGACCAACCGGGGAAGCCAGGGCACGGGGUCGGCAGUCGCGAGGCGCCGAAGAGGAGCGCAGGGCUUAGGAAGGGCGCGUGCGCGACGACAGGCCCCGGGGAGAGGCAGGGCAAGGCCGGGCGCCGGGGCCGGUGGUCCGGGCAUCAAGCCUGGAAGAUGCACAGGAGGAAGGGACCCCCAGGACCCCCGGGCCGAGGCGCCGCCGCCGCCCGCCAGCUGGGCCUGCUGGUUGACCUCUCCCCAGACGGCCUCAUGAUCCCUGAGGAUGGCGUUAACGAAGAGGAACUGGAGGCUGAGUUCUUGGCCUUGGUGGGGGGCCAGCCCCCAGCCCUGGAGAAGCUUAAAGGCAAAGGCCCCCUGCCCAUGGAGGCCAUCGAGAAGAUGGCCAGACUCUGCAUGAGAGACCCGGACGAGGAAGAGGAGGAGGGGACGGAUGAGGAUGACGUGGAGGCGGAUGACGACCUGCUCGCGGAGCUGAAUGAGGUCCUUGGAGAAGAGCAGAAGGCAUCGGAGCCCCAGCCACCUGUGGCCCAGCCGAAGCCCUCAGCCCCGGCCCCGGGGGUGGAGGCCACCUUGCAGGAGAGGCUGGUGCUCUACCAGAGAGCAGUGGAAAGCGCCAGGCAAGCUGGAGACGGCGCCAAGGUGCGGCGCUAUGACCGGGGACUUAAGACGCUGGAAAACCUGCUGGCCUCCGUCCGGAAGGGCAACGCCAUCGACGAAGAGGACAUCCCGCCGCCCGUGGCCAUAGGGAAGAGCCCAGCAGCUGUGCCCAGCCACAGCCCUGCACCCACCCAGCCGGCCCCUUCAAUGCCGCCAGCCACAGAGCCCAGGGUCACCCUGGAGGGGCCUCUUGCCACCGCCCAAGCUUCAUCCCCAGCCUCAGCCAAGCCCCAGCUGCCCCCAGGUCCCUGCAGCCCCAGCCCCCUGGCCCAGCUGCAGAGCCGCCAGCACGAGUACAAGCUGGCUGCCCUCCACGCCAAGCAGCAGGGAGAUAUGGCUGCCGCCACCAGAUACUUCCGCGUGGCCAAGAGCUUCGAUGCCAUCUUGGAGGCCCUGAGCCGCGGGGAGCCCGUGGACCUGUCCCGCCUGCCCCCUCCACCUGACCAGCUGCCCCCAGACCCACCGUCACCAGCCGCACAGCCUCCGACUCCUGCCACGGCACCCACCACGCCAGAGGUCCCCCCGGCCCCGAGGACCCUGCUGGAGGCGCUGGAGCAGCGGAUGGAGCGCUACCACGCGGCCGCGGCCCAGGCCAAAAGCAAGGGGGACCCGCGGAAGGCUCGCAUGCACGAGCGCAUCGUCAAGCAAUACCAAGACGCCAUCCGGGCCCACAAGGCUGGCCGAGCCGUGGAUGUGGCCGAGCUGCCUGUGCCCCCAGGCUUUCCCCCCAUCCAGGGCCUGGAGGCCACCGAGCCUGCCCAGCCGAGCCUGGUGGGUGUCCUGGAGACCGCCAUGAAGCUGGCCAACCAGGACGAAGGCCCAGAGGAUGAAGAGGAUGAGGUGCCUAAGAAGCAGCAGAACAGCCCUGCGGCCCCCACGGUCCAGCCCAAGGCCCCACCCUCCAGGGCUCCACAGUCAGGACCAGCCACUGCAGCCAAAGCAGCCCCCAAAGGCACAUCCACCAGAGCCCAGCAGCAGCUGGCCUUCCUGGAGGGCCGUAAGAAGCAGCUGCUACAGGCCGCGCUGAGAGCCAAGCAGAAAAACGACGUGGAAGGCGCCAAGAUGCACCUGCGCCAGGCCAAGGGGCUGGAGCCCAUGCUGGAGGCCUCGCGCAACGGGCUGCCCGUGGAUAUCACCAAGGUGCCACCUGCCCCCGUCAACAAGGACGACUUUGCCCUGGUCCAGCGGCCUGGCCCCGGCCUGUCUCAGGAGGCCAUCCGGCGCUACGGUGACCUCACCAAGCUGAUAAGGCAGCAGCAUGAGAUGUGCCUGAACCACUCUAACCAAUUCACCCACCUGGGCAACAUCGGUGAAACCAGCAAGUUCGAGAAGCUGGCGGAGGACUGUAAGCGAAGCAUGGACACCCUGAAGCAAGCCUUCGCCCGGGGUCUCCCCACACCUGCCGCCCGCUUUGAGCAGAGGACCUUCAGCGUCAUCAAGAUCUUCCCUGACCUCAGCAGCAACGACAUGCUCCUGUUCAUCGUGAAGGGCAUCAACUUGCCCACGCCCGCAGGGCUGUCCCCUGGCGACCUGGAUGUCUUUGUUCGGUUUGACUUCCCCUAUCCCAAUGUGGAAGAAGCUCAGAAAGACAAGACCGGUGUGAUCAAGAACACAGACUCCCCCGAGUUCAAGGAGCAGUUCAAACUCUGCAUCAACCGCGGCCACCGCGGCUUCCGCCGGGCCAUCCAGACCAAAGGCAUCAAGUUCGAAGUGGUCCACAAGGGGGGGCUGUUCAAGACCGACCGGGUGCUGGGCACGGCACAGCUGAAGCUGGACGCCCUGGAGACGGCGUGCGAGGUCCGGGAGGUCCUUGAGGUCCUGGACGGUCGCCGGCCCACAGGCGGGCGGCUGGAGGUGAUGGUCCGGAUUCGGGAACCGCUGACAGCCCAGCAGCUGGAGACGACGACGGAGAGGUGGCUGGUCAUCGACCCCGUGCCAGCAGCUGUGCCCACACAGGUCGCCGGGCCCAAAGGGAAGGCCCCGCCUGUGCCUGCCUCUGCAAGGGAGCCAGGGAACAGGUCAGCCCGGAACCUGCACAGCCUCAGCGUGCUGGCCUUCGACCAGGAGCGUCUGGAGCGGAAGAUCCUGGCCCUCAGGCAGGCACGGCGGCCCGUGCCCCCGGACGUGGCCCAGCAGUACCAGGACAUCGUGCAGCGCAGCCAGUGGCAGAGGGCGCAGCUGGAACAGGGAGGCGCGGCCAUCCGGCGGGAGUACGCAGCCCAGCUGGAGCGGCAGCUGCAGUUCUACACGGAGGCCGCGCGGCGCCUGGGCAACGAUGGCAGCAGGGAGGCUGCCAAGGAGGCGCUGUACAGGCGGAAUCUGGUGGAGAGUGAGCUGCAGCGGCUCCGCCGGUGAGGGGCCGACGGGCGGGCAGCCCCUGGAGCAGCAGGUAGCGGACCCACGGCCGAGGGAGGAGCCGACACGGCCACCCGCCGGACACUAGACAAUCAGCGGACAAUCGGUUCUGGACUCGUCCCCUCAGGGCCCCCAGCCCAGCCAGAGCCUCCCCGGCUGGGGGCGUCGUGACAAUGGCGGCCGCCCCUCACCCAGGCCUGGACGGCGGAGAGUCCUGUUUGCACAGUCCAGGGGCGUGUGGCCUCUGGCCUGCCCCGGGGAGGGGAGGGCGGCUGGGACAAGCCCCAAGGGCCCCUGUGAGCACUUUACUUCCUGUCCCUCCCCGGCCUUAACCCCAAACCCUCCUAUACCCCAAAGAAGCCGCUGAGGCUGGCAGGGGGUUGCCGUGGCCCAGCUGGGCCCCCAGGGCCGACACUCAGAAUAAACAGCCAGGGCCACACCCAGCUCA